AUGGUGGGGUUGCCAGCCAGAGGGAAGUCGUAUUUAUCCAAACAGCUUACCAAAUACCUCAGGGACCAUAGUCUCGACACAGAGAUCUUCAACGUGGGAAACACCAGAAGAGCUGAAGAUGGGGCCCACGACGCUUCGUUCUUCAGCUCGUCCAACAUGGAGAAUGUCAGGCUUCGUGAGAAAUUUGCCCUUGAUACAUUACAUGAGCUAUUGGACUGGCUAUAUUUGGAUAACAACGAUAAAGUGGGAAUUUUCGAUGCUACAAACUCUACUAUAAUACGAAGAGUCACGUUGUUGAAUUCUAUCAAUUCGUUUGACCUGAAGUCCGAGCUGUUCAAGGACACAGAGAUAUUGUUUCUUGAGAAUAUUGUCGAUGACGAGCACAUUAUUCACUCCAACAUAAUAUCGAAAUUGAUGUUGUCGCCGGAUUACAACGAUUUGAAGGGUGAUACAAGUUAUGAUUCUACGAGCAUUCAAGGUGGAAUGCAGGUAGGCGUAGACCUUUUGAACCCAAAGCAGAUUGAGGCGUACCAGGACUUCCAGCUUAGACUAGAGAACUACGAAAAGGUAUACGAGACCAUCGACACUGAGGAGUUGGCAAUUUUAAAAAUUGGAAAGCUCAACAACAACAACAUUAAAAUGAUCAAGUUGUACAACUAUGGUGGGACGUUUAUGAGGCCUGGUAACAUAUCAUUGUACAAUGUGAUGACUAGCAUGCAACUUCUCCAGAGGAAGAAGCCCAAGCAAAUAUCGUCCACCAGAGACUAUGUGAGUAAGAUUUUAGAAUUUUUACUUGGGUAUAGAUACGAGUAUUCUACUCCGCCAGACACAGAGGGGGUGGAAAUCAAAAGGAAUAGGAUAAACUACCAUACAGUGUUAUGUAAGUAA